AGAUGGCUUCUGCCCUGGCACCUGUUCCGGAACUGUUCUCCGACGGGGAGGACGCGGCAGGUUCCCCGCAGCACGAGCGCGUGGCCUCCGGGAACCGGGGCUUCCCUGUGGCUUUCGCCCCGGCGACCUCCAGCUCCGGCAUCAACCCGCCCGCGGUCUUUUUCUCGCGCAGCAGGAUCACCCUCCGCCGUGAUACCGAGUUAGGGGUCGCGCCUAAGAUCCGCUUCCUGCGGCCCAGGGCCACCUGUCCGCCGGUGCUCUUCAGCCUAAUGAAUUCCAGCGAAGCAGCGGUGAAAAAGUUUUUACCCAAGAGCCAGUUAUCUCGAGUGAUUAUUCAUGACAACUUCAGUGUACAGCGAAUCUAUGAGAUGGAGAUAAGAGCGACAGACAAGACCAAGAAAAAGAUGGGCCACUUGCACGACCAACUGAAAAAAAAGUUCAUGAUGGACCAGCUCAGAAAACUGGGGCUCUGGAGACGGCGAUACUCGAGCAUGCAGCGCUACCUGGACAGCAUCCGGCUUUACAUUUUACAGCACAAAUAUCUUCCUAAGAAGAAAAAGAAGCGGAGCUAGUCAGGGCAGAAUGACCUGCCCCCAGGCCACGACAGCUGGACUGACACCAGAACUCGACACUAGCUGGCCUAAGUGGUAGAACAGUAAUAAAUGGCCACCAGUGGAC